CCACAGUCUGCGCGAGCGAACAGGGGCGGCCCUUCAUGCAAGACAGAUACGGGGGUGUUUUGACGUGCGGAUGCGGCUCGGGCAAGCUGCGGUGAAUGUGAUUGAGCUCUAUGUUUCUCGUGUGUGCACACCAUCCAAGGGGAGCACGAAUAGAGUGAUGUCACACCGUCUACCAGGGGGUGGCCGUCCCCUGCAGGAGUCGCGCAGCCUCUGACGCCCAUGGGGCGGAUGCCCCCGUAUCCAAGCAACUAAGUGUUUUGCCGAAGCAGAGUGCCGUGUGCAAUGGGCAGCCUGGGUGAGGGAGUGGAUCCAGGGAUGGUGAGCGAUGCUCUUCUGGAGGCCCUUUGUUCAGAAUGUGGACAGAUUCACCGCACUUGGGAGAAUCACCUUUAUAACUAUCGGUUGGAGGUGGACGAUGACUUGGUGUGCCACAUUUGCCUUCAACCAUUAGUUCAGCCCUUGGAUACACCAUGUGGCCACACCUUCUGUGCUCGCUGCCUGCGCAGCUUCCUGCAGGAACGGGACUUUUGCCCGUUGGACCGUGCGCAUUUGCAGCUGCAAGUAUGUCGGCGCUCAAGCAUUUUGGUUCAUAAGCUACUGGAUAAGUUGUCGGUCACCUGUCCACUCACGCCUAGCUGUUCCCUCAGCAUGCCUCGCUGUGACCUGGAGGCACAUCUCAAACACAGGUGUCCUGGAACGCAGAGACAACGAACAAAGCUGGAACCGGCCCGGAUGGAGACAAGUGAGGAGAAGGUUAUGACGACCAACCCACCCAAAUCCCCCCAGACUGAGAUAAAGGAAAGCACGCCGUCUCCACCUGCCGGAUCCAACGCAUGCAACAAUGCUCCUACAUGGACAGAAGAACCUGGUGUCGACAACCCUGCUUUUGAGGAGAGCACUGAAGAAGACAGUCUCCAUGGUCUUGAAUGUGCUCCUCUACGUGUAAAGCGUCCACUUAGUAACCCCUGCAUUCAUCUUCUCCGUACCGGUAGUUCCGCCUCUUCCGGUUGGGACUACGUUGAAACUCUCCCUUUCUCUGCAGAGGAAGGUUGUGUGAAACUUCCGUCCCUACCUGAGGGAGAAAUCACAACCAUUGAGGUUCAUCGUUCGAACCCCUACGUGGAGCUUGGUAUAAGUAUUGUUGGGGGAAAUGAGACCCCGCUAAUAAAUGUGGUAAUACAGGAGGUGUACCGCGACGGCGUUAUAGCCCGAGAUGGAAGGCUGCUGGCCGGCGACCAAAUACUUCAGGUGAACAAUGUAGAUAUUAGUAACGUGCCACAUACCUUUGCUCGCUCUACGCUGGCACGUCCUUGUGCCACUCUGCAGUUGACAGUUCUGAGGGAGCGCCGCUGUUCUGCCAGGCCGCCCGCGGCACCCGCUUCGCCUAAGGGUAGCCCUGCUAGCAUACGCAUCACCCUAAACAAGCGGGAAUCAUCGGAGCAGCUGGGAAUCAAACUAGUCCGGCGUACGGAUGAGGCGGGCGUGUUUAUCCUGGACCUGUUGGAGGGAGGGCUAGCCGCUAAAGAUGGACGCCUUUGCAGUAACGACAGAGUGUUAGCUGUCAACGAGCACGACCUGAGACACGGUACACCUGAGCAAGCGGCUCAGAUUAUACAGGCUAGUGGAGAAAGAGUCAAUCUGUUGAUUAGCCGCUCCAGCAAGCAGACUAUGGCGGUGCACACGGGCUCUACCCUGACCAGGGACAUCUGGUGCCACGAACACGUCCCCGCUGUCCCCUGCACCGCGACCCCCAGCCCGGUUCCGAGUCUGACUCUUGCCAGGUCUUCCACCCAGCGAGACCUCUCCCAGUGUGUGACCUGUAAAGAGAAGCACAUCACUGUGAAGAAGGAACCCCAUGAGUCUUUGGGUAUGACCGUGGCGGGAGGGCGUGGCAGCAAGAGCGGAGAGCUGCCAAUCUUCGUGACAAGCGUCCAGCCCCACGGUUGCUUGUCACGUGAUGGACGAAUCAAACGUGGGGAUGUACUGUUGAGUAUUAACAGUCAGGAUUUGACUUGCCUGAGCCAUAGUGAGGCAGUGGGCACUUUAAAGUCCAGCGCCGCAUCCUGUUCGGUCCAGUUGAAGGCACUAGAAGUCAACACCGUGGAGGAACCAGGCGCGGACGAAGAACUACUCCCUCCACAUGAAAAUGACUAUGAUACAAGUUGGUCGCCAUCUUGGGUCAUGUGGCUUGGACUCCCUAGCUACCUGCAUAGCAGCCAUGAAAUUGUCCUCCGCAGAAGUCAUCCUGGCAGCUGGGGGUUCAGCAUUGUCGGAGGUUAUGAAGAGAACCACAGCAACCAGGCGUUCUUCAUCAAAACCAUUGUCCUUGGAACACCUGCUUACUAUGAUGGCCGUCUAAAUGUGAAACUUUAUACAGUCACUGUUGAAAAGGGGUCAAAUAUGCAGACGAUGCUGGAAAUACAAGGAAUGUGGAGGACCUGGACUAUCACAAAACAUAAAAAGUGUGGUGACAUGAUAGUCGCAGUGAACAGUCUGUCCACGGCUGGCAUGAGUCACUCCGCCCUGGUGCCCAUGUUGAAGGAGCAGCGGAGCAGGGUGGCACUAACCGUUGUGUCCUGGCCAGGAAGUUUGAUAUAACCCCAAGUGGGCACCAUGCCUCAUCUCAGACAGCACUCAUACCUGUGUGUUUGACUUUCUGCCACGGAGGCACCAUAAUUUCAAGCCUGAGUCUCGAUUGAAUGCUUUUACUUGAUGCCGAUUAAUCAGGCCUUAGAAAACCUGCCACACCCCUCUGGAGAGCAGCCUUAAAGGUUACCAUCACCACACCGAUCAGCAGUCCAUUCCACCAGAAGUUUUAUACAUGUUAUCUCUUAAUGUGAUCUAUGUGUAUGUUUGUGUAAAAGAGAGAACGAACAAAAUUGUAUGCGUGCAAGAAUGAAUGAGCAAAGCGGUUUAAUAAAUUUUUCCCAGUGAGGA